AUGGAAUUAGAAAUAUCAGUUAGAGAUGCCGUCAGUGGUCUUAAGUCCGUUCGUGCAACGGAAAGAAAGAAAAAUGCAGAAAUUUUAAAAGAAUUUCUUACUAGAAAUUCAGUACCUUCUCUGUUAACUGAUAAUACACUGAAAAAGAAGGGAUAUACUUGGAAUAAUCUUUUUGAUGACAUUAAUGAAUAUAUUUUAAAGGAAUUAGAGAAGUUUGAGACAUCAAAAACAUAUGAGAACAUAAUAAGACCACUUUGUACAAGUUUAUUACACCAAUGCAUGGCCGGCUCUAAUAAAGGAAAAGCGUAUAUUAAAACUGAGAAGAUUGUAGAAAUGUGUCUGUACAUACUAAAAGAUAGUCGCAUGGUGAGAGCUAUUGGAGACUGUUAUUUAAACUUGUUAUUGAAACAUUUUUUACCUUAUGAACACUAUUUAUACCAUGUCACACCAGCUACAUGGAAAGAACUUUUGGAUGUUUGUAUCGAUGCAUGUUCCUCAAAUGAUUACAAUCUCGACACCUUCACAAAACUAAGACUUGUACUACUUGUAAUGAAAAGUGGAAAAGAACAUUGUCAAUUUGUGAGAUCGCUUGUGGAGUCACUGCCCUCAUUAGAAGACCACUUCUCAAACAUUUCAAAUGAUAAGAAAGUACAAGAUAUUGUCAUAGAAAUUGUUACUUUGUUACUAGAAACGUUGUCUUGUGAGUAUCGGUUGACCAUGUGCCAAUUUACUGAAACUCUCAUGCCUUCGUUAUUGAAAUUUUAUGACCCUAACAAGGACCAGAAGAAAAAGAAUUUAUUUUUUAACUUUUUAUACCUAACUGUGAUACUCCAUCACCCAUUAGGGAGAACUAAAAAUGAAGAAGGAAGCCUUGCAAAUAACUGGGAACUGUGGGUGAAAUAUUUGAACAGUAUAAUGGAAAUAAUAUGUUCAGAAGUGAACUAUUUGCAGAAAAACCGUAAAAUGAAUGAUAGAAUUUUUCAACAAUGUUCAUAUUUUUAUAAUCUAGCUGCAUCAGUCUACUAUCAGAUAUUUGAACUGUCUCAAAGGAGCGACAGCAAUGAGAAUGUAUCAAAAAGAUUAAAAUUGAGCAUAAACAAGAACAAAACAUUUGGUGACCUUGUGAAUGAGUUACAACAAAAUCAUGUACCAUGGCUGGGAAUCAUACAUGUCUAUGUACACAAGUAUGCCAACAAUAUAUCUAUGGAAGAUUAUCUGUUACUAUUGAAUGCUCUUCAAGUACUUCUAAUGAAUAAUACUAGUCAUUUGGAAUGGAACACAUUUGAGCAGUUGGCUUGCUUAGUACUGAAGAACUCCGGUGGAAAUAUAAAUAAAAAUUGUGAAUUUAAAAAUGCUGCUGUAUCAUUAUGGAAUUCUUGUGUUAGAAAUUGCACCUCGGUGGCUCCAUCUCACAAAGCAAUACAUGUGACAAUGCAACACUUAUUACAUUCCAAUGUUUUGGAGUACGCAGACGCUCUGCACCUGAUAAAGCUCUACCUAUCAAACGAUAUGCCAAUCACUAACAACAGUGUUCAGACAUUAUGUGAUACCUUCCACAAAUUCUACAGCAAAUGCAGUAUGGAUGACUUCAGAGUCAAGUGUUUAUCAUGGCUCACGGUCAAUGAAACUCCAACUUCAUUUGUCCCAGAAAUAUCAGAACUUUUAUUCAGAUUAGUCGCUAGCGAAAAUAUUUCAUUCCAUAUUAUUGAAGCAGCUGAAUCUGAAUCUGAUAACAUACGCAAAAUACUAUAUUACAACACAGAAAAAUGUAUCUUAUUCAGUGAAUUUGAGGCACAAAAUUCGAUAAAAGCUUUAGAACCAGUGAUAGCAUAUGAACACAUUGGCACAGUUUGUGAAAUCGAGGUCCAAGUACAUGACUAUCUUAGGAGAGUUUUAGUCGCAUAUAAUGCGCGACAGUUACAAGCGGAAGCAGAUUUAAUAGAAUGUUUAAAAUUGAUUCAUAUAAGCUUCCUGUACCUUGAAAGGCUCCUAAAAUACAAUUUGAAAUCUCAAAAUGAUAUUGAAUGUAGUGAGUUGUGUAAUUUACUUACAACUACUUUGACUCGAAUGAGCGUAUCUCUGAAUAGUUUAUUGGGGAGUAACUCUCAGAUAUCUAGUAAACUGAAACCUAUAGAGCUAUUGAGAGAACUUUUAGUCAUAGACUUUAAUCCUGUAUUAUCAAGAAUGUUACGUGCAAGUAUCGAUGCAGAUCUGUUCCAUACAAUCAAUAACAUAUUGAAUAUUGAAGUGAAAUUUGAUGAAUGCGAUAUCAUUAUUGAUGGAGACCAGGACGACAUAAAUAUGAAUACAUUGAAACAUAAUUGUUUCUUGUUACUCGCUGCGUACUGCACUCAGGAGUCUGAGUAUCAGGAAGAAUUACUGAAGUUGAUAUUGGAUGAAAAUAUCUACAAUUUUAAAUAUGAUAUUCCGUGUAUAUUUCAAUGCAUAGAGCUGCUAAUAGACUCUAAAGUUGAAAGGCCUCCUUUAGGUCUAAUAUUCACCUUAAUGCAGCACAUAUGCCAAAAAUUGUACAAAAAUACUAAAGUUUCGUAUGAAAUGCUUAGAGUACUCGUGAAAAUAAUGGAUCCUCUAUGCGUGGACAGCAGUGACAUGAAGAAGAAUUGUUUGAUCAUGAUCAGAGUUAUUUACAGCUUUGUGACAACAUGUACUACCCACCGAAAGUAGCAGCUUUAAUAUACGAAUGUGUUACAAAGAUUGUAAUAAUGAAUCGCCAGCAAUCUAUGAACAUUGACGAUAGUUUUGAAGAAGCUUGUAUGAAUAAGAUGAAAAGCAGUGUCCAUAGUAUUCGACUCCAUUGCUGCUACUUAUUAAAACUUAUUAACGAUUUCUCUGAAGACGAUAUUGAUGCGUUCUCAGUUCAAUUAAUGGAUAUAUUUUUAACUGAUGUGUCAUCGAGGAAAGAAUCGAUAUUAAAGGACGAAUCAGCCAAUAGAACUGCCACAGUACUUCAUGCUUUUGUUGCGCUGGCGCAAUCUAAGCAAUCCUCCACAAUAAGCGUCAUACUUCAAGUGAUCCACUUGCAGAAACAAAAGUCAUUAGAUAAACAUUUGGUCACCAAAGUUUUAAAAAUUAUUCUGAAUUCUGUUGGCAUAAAGGAUCUACAAACAUACUUAAAUAACAACAUUUUAUCUCUAAUACAUUUUUGGUUUACUAAAAACAAUGAAGUUAAAGAUUUUCCAAUUUAUUUGCUUGGGUUUGAUAACAUGGACAGUUUUAUUGAGAAACACAUGAAGUGGGUUGUUACGGGAGAGAUAUUAUGGCGGCAAGGAGGGAACAUAAAAAAUGGUGAAGUCUUGAAGAAAGUUGCUACGAAGCUAAAUAAAUCUGCUGAAAAUGUUAUCGAGACUUGUUUCUCCAAUUUAAUGGCGCUAUGUAUGCCUUAUAUCGUCAGUGCUCAAUACAAUAUUGACUUUAGCGACCCACGGAAUAGAGAUGCUUUUAGAAGAUCAAAGAACAAUGCGAACAAAAUGUUUCAAAUGAUGGGCGAGAUUUUAGAAAAUGAAAGUUGGAGUAACCUCUUUGCUGAGAAUGUAGGGGAGUUAUUGCUUCUAGUCACUAUGCAUAUGAGUGAUACUGAAGAAGCUGAACAAAUAUUUCAAGUUAAACUGCCCAAACGAAAUCAAGAAUUGUAUUAUCCAAAGAGGAUUUUCUCGGCCAUUUUGAAAUAUUUUGAACAUCUCACAGAUGGAGACGUACUACAAUAUCUCUGUAAAGAUCAAACAGUGACAAUAUUCAAAAUUCUGUUCGAACUAUGGAAAGCUGUUACCCAAGAGAGUAUAUUUGAACUGAAAAUAUUAGCCCUUCAUUCAUAUGUUACAUUUAUAAAGAAUAUACCAUUAGGUUACCCUUCCGACGCAUUUAUGUGUAACUUUGCCUGCAACAGUUUCACUCAAGCUAUCAAACAUUGUAACGACAAAAGAGAAAUGAAAGCAUACAUUGACGGUUUAAACCUAGUCCUGAGACAUUUGUUACCAGAAAAAGCUUCACUUAUGCAAAAGUCUCUCUUAGAAUUGCUCCCAGCAUUAAUAGUUAAAAAAGAAUCGGACUACGAAGUGGAAUGCACAGCAUUCUUAAACGAUCUGGUUGUAAAAAUGAGGACUUAUCUGCAUCAUAGCGAAGAUGUUGUGGACUUUAUAUCAUCAAUGUCGCAAGAUGAUGAUUAUGUCCGUUGUGGCAAUUCAGCGAUAUUUAAAGAAAAGUUAAAAACUCAUAGAAUGAGUUUGAAUCGUCCCAGCCAUGACACUUUGUUAAAACUCCGACAGUUUUUAAGUUGUAACAAAGAACACAUUCGUAGCUUGUAUGACGAUUUCGGAUCGAAAACGUUCUCCGAAGACUGUGGGACGAGCAUCAUACAUCAGAUCGUACAGGCACUCUGUAAUAUACUGAAAUCGAAUUAUGAUGAUAAGACUAUAGUGGAAGCAUGCAACUGUUUAUCGGAGAUCAGCUCAUACGAUUUAAAGACGUUAGUGACCGUUCCACCAGCCGAUACAAAUCAAAUUAUGGCGGCAAAUGCGACUCGAUACUUUAUGCAAGUUGUUGGGAAAGCACUACUGGAAGUCUUCUUUGAUGAUGACACUAAUGUUACUGAUGAAAUAGCCGAGACCAUGAAUGAUCUGUUGAAGUUCUUGCGUAUUGAUGAUAUUCCAGAAUUGGAAGAACUCGAUAGAGAUGUAUUAAAACCAUUUUCGUCUGAGAAACAAAGUGAACUGGAUACCGUUACUGACAGCAUGGCGUUUGAAGAGUACUGCUUAUCAAAUCCUGAGGGAGUGUUCCUCAAUAGCCUCUUAACUAAAGAUAACGCUGAUUGGUUAAAAGAGGUCACGUGCACGCUUUUACAGUUCGUUCAUUCGUCUACCAAUUAUGUGAAUAAUUUAAGGCGAGUUUGCGCGUUGAAGCCUCGUCUUUGCCGCAAGAUAUUACCGGCUCUUGUAGGCCUACUUCUGCAAGGGUUUACUGACAGGCAUGUAAAAGCUAUCAGUGGUCACAUAAAGAAAUUCUUCAAUAACAUUUGGGAGCAAACGUUUGACGAGAAGUUAGAGAACAGUGGAGACAGUAACUUUAAUGCCAGAACAGAUGGCACAGUGACGCAUAGCUACAAAAUUAUUAUUCAAUACAUGCUCGAAAUUGUUGAUUUUGUACGUAUACAAAGGAAGUUUAUGCAGACAAGGCCUGGAAAUGCAAUAAAGAAGCUAAAUUACUUAGAACUUGAUUACGAUAAAGUAGCGUGGGCCGCGGCGGUAGUUGAUCAGAACUGGGCGGCAGUUUACUAUGGAGAACUAUGGGCAGUCUUUCAAAAUGAUGGCAUUUCACCAAACUCACCAGAGGCCACCUCUAGACUAGCUGGCGGAGAGAAUCUACAGAGAAUAUUUAGAACGUGCUAUGUGUCCAUCGGAGAAGUAGAUGCAAUCGAAGGAUGUGGCACGGAACACCUAACAAUGGAGAACGAAAAGCGAAAACAUCUGAUAAACACGGGGCAGUUCACCGACGCACUACUGAUGCACGAUAUUGCGCUUUCUUGUGGCGGACAGCCCGACCAGGACCUCCAUUACGGCGUGGUUAAGUCUCUGCACAAGUCUGGCAUGCAUCAUCUUGCAUUAAGCUAUAUAAAAUCCCUACCGGAGAACGACCAGUUGAAUGAUUUCAGAUACGAAUGCUUGGCGUUCUUAGGUGACUGGAGCCAUUUCGUUGAUACUCGAGAAUUAUCAGAAAAACACAAGCAAGUCAAUUGUAACCAAAACUCGGUGGUGAAAGCAUUCCAAUAUGCUUGUCUCAAGAGCUGUCUGAACGUCCAAACUACUCCUGAAUUUGAGAAUAAACUCCUGGUACCUUUGAACAAAGCGAAGCUAGCAGUAUCAAGAUUGUGCCAUAACUUGAAUAUGGAAAACUGUCAGAAUAUUUAUAAAGUUUUGGAGAAACUUCAUAUAUUUAACGAUAUUGAGGAUUAUUUCUCCGUAAGGAUGAAUCGUUGUGAUGUGUCGGAGCUGCUUCGGCAAUGGGACGUAGAGAACUUGCCGCCGUUCAUUGACUUCAAGCACAUCGAGGCGUUGUCCUCCCAGCGGGUGCUGAUACUGGAGCACGCUGCCAAGUCUUACAGCGACAAGUUGAACGAAAUUGUGUCGCUCCAGAUACAAUAUGCGCAAAUGGCCCUAAACAACCGUAGGGUACAAAUGGCACAGCGCUUAUUAGCGGUCGCCAAAAAAUGUAAGGUAUCUGAAGAUGUGACGUUGGUGGAGAGCGAGAUAGCUUGGGCUAAGGGCCACAAGGAGAUAGCGCUGUCUCUCCUUCGCAAUAUUGUCACCAAUCACACGCUUGACGCCAAACUUGCAGCUACGUCUUUACGCCGCUACGCUCUUUGGAUGGCGGAAUCGAAACGCGACAACCCUCGAGAGAUAAUACACAAAUAUUUGCAAAAAAGCCUCGACGUACUCGGAAGUGAAAAUAUCGAAGUUAGACUGAAGGUCUAUUAUGAUAUUGCAAAGUUUGCUGACGCUGAGUACAAACAGGUGGUAGCUUACAUGAGCUCUUCAACAUACGAAAACAGAGUCAAAUGCUUAGAAAAUAUGAAAGGCACAGCUUCUUCUUUAGGCAACAAAUCUAUUAAGUCGCUCACAAAAGAGGAAGGAAAAGCUUUACUGACCAAUAGAAAGUUUAAAGAACUCGAUGAAGCUGAAAUUGCAAACGCGCAAGUAGAAAAAGACAAUUUCUUGCAGUUAGCUAUGAGAUAUUAUCUGCUAUCGUUAAAGCAGUGUGAUGAGAACAACUUGUCAGUGUUUCGUGUGAUAUCUCUGUGGUUGGCUAACCAGGACUUUGAGUUUGACGCUGGAAAGGAAAAGUUUGAAGACCUCUUGAACAUGAUACCUUCUUGGAAAUUUGUCACCGUACUACCGCAACUCACACCAAGGCUCACUGAUGAAGAUACGCCAUUCAUAACGAUCUUGAAAAAUAUUAUAAAACGAUGUGCAGUUGACCAUCCCCACCACACAUUACCUAUCCUUUUCGGAAUAAAGAAUUCAGACAAGGACAACGUAAUAAUGAACGCGAGUGGGCGUGGCGCCUCGAGUGGGCGGGGCCGGGAACAACAACCGCGCGUGGUGGCCGCGCAGGCACUCGUUCAGGGACUGCGCACGCACACUGAACAACUCAAUGUUAUUAUCACGCAAAUGGAGAAAAUGUGUGAUGCUAUAAUAAGCUUCGCUAACUACGUGCCGACGUCGAAGCAGAAGAAGCAGCCGAUUCCUGGCGCGGAGAAUAUACACAAGCUGCGCAGUUUGUGUGCAGUCCCCGUGCCCACUGUAACUCUGCCCAUCCUAAAACAUUGCAACUAUGAGGAUAUACCCACUCUGCAUGCAUUUGAUAAGUACUUCGAGCUGGUUGGCGGCGUAAACUGUCCAAAGAAGAUAAACUGUAAAGAUAAUACCGGAAAAAAUAAUAUUAUACUGAUAAAGGGUGGGGAUGAUUUGAAACAAGAUGCAGUGAUGCAACAAGUAUUCACUAUUGUGAACACUUUGUUGGAGAAAAAUCCAGUGACCAAUAAAAAUAAACUACUCAUUAGGACUUACAAGGUGGUGCCAAUGUCUCGACUGUCGGGAGUAUUAGAAUGGUGUGAGGGCACUAUUCCUAUGGGCAUGUAUCUGGUUGGCUUGGAAAAAAAUAGCGGUGCCCAUGCACGUUAUAGACCUCAGGAUAUUUCAUCUGACGCUGCUCGUAGUAAAAUGGUUGAAUCUGCGAACGACAGUCAUGAAUCAAAGCUGAAUGUUUACAAUAAGAUAGUCCAGUCCUUCAAACCGGUGUUCCACUAUUUCUUCACUGAACAGUACCUUGAUCCGGUCACGUGGUACGAAAGGAGAUUGGCUUACACAAAGAGUGUUGCGACCUCUUCCAUGGUCGGCUACAUCCUGGGACUCGGCGAUCGACACGUGUACAACAUUUUAAUCGACAGAAGGACCGCUGAAGUGGUUCAUAUUGAUUUAGGCAUCGCUUUCGACCAAGGCAAGACAUUGCGCACUCCUGAGACAGUGCCGUUCCGACUGACCCGCGAUAUUAUUGCCGGCUUCGGUUGCAGCGGAACGGAAGGAAUAUUUAGAAGGUGCUGCGAAAAGACAAUGCAACUACUUCGGGAUAAUCAAGAGACCUUAUUGACAAUAUUAGAAGUUUUACUAUGUGAUCCAUUAUACUCGUGGUCCGUUAAAACAGCGCAACAAAAUGCUCCUACUUCAAGCAGAAAUACCAGUGCAGUCUGUGAUACCGGGACUCCUAGCGGCCUAGCAAAGCGAGCGCUGCUGGUAGUGACGAGCAAGCUCAGUGGAACUGAAGACGGAGUGGCAGGCGGCGUGGCUGUAGCAGGACAAGUUGCGCGCCUACUACACAUUGCCACAGACCCAUUCAAUUUAUGUCGCCUCUUCCACGGCUGGCAACCCUAUUUGUAA